CCUGAAGAUACACUCAGCACCCAACCAUCCGACACCCGAUAUCGCGGUAAUCAACACGAGACGACCUGUGGGAUUGUUGCAUAUCCGCAAAGGUCAAGUUGCGCGUUUUCGCUGUCGUUAGUCACGAAGGUAGAAGUGUAUCAAAUUGGAUGAUCUACAGCCGUUGCUUGGACGCACAGGACCAACCAUCUGAGUGACUCUUGUGCCGAAGCUUUGUCCUUUCUCAAGUCCCAAGAGACUACACAAGGCGUCACAAAGAAAGGCAUUACCACACCGAUCCCACAAAGGACUAAGAACCAGUCGACCUCACGAUCGCAAUGUUCAAAUCUCACUGUAAUAUGUGCGUCUUUUAAUAUAUGUUUUACACAAGCGUGUGAAUCUAAUGGAACGCUACAGGGGCAGUAGUUAUUGUAAUGAUGUCCCCAUGGAGCAGGGAUCUUUCAGAGAGUUGGCUCACUCUGGCAGACCGACUUCUGAGUAUGUCUUAGACGAGAGAAUUAUUGAGAAACUUCACUUCCUAACGCAGAGGGUCGAGGAGCUUGAAUACAAACUAGAAAACAGCUUGGCGAUGCGAGGAGAAGAUCUAAGCUUUUAUUUCAGCAUAGAUGAAAGCUCUUCUAUUCCUAAGAUUGACGUCAAAGUGUUAACAGGACCAAAGAGCCUACGCUACAGCGAGAGGGAAGGAGUCUUAACUCCUAGACGUAGCACAAGUCGCCUGGAAGGAUGGGACGAAGCUACCGUAGAGAGCAAUUCGUCAUUUGUUAUCUUGCCAUCGAGCGGAAAACACAAAGGUCCCACACUAAGUGGCCAACAAAAGACAAAACAAACCUUAACGCUGCAGUGCCAAUCGAGCUCUAGGCCGCCUAGUAGUCUAAACUCGACGGAGUUACGAGAGGAUCUGUACUUGAGGCCAGACUCGAGGAUGCAGACUCCAUCAGUGUUUUCUGAAGAGGAUGAGAGUACAGCUCGCUCGUCAGUGCAAAGCCCCAUCUACUCAACGGAUACGGCAUCAACAUGCCACUCUUUAUUUGCGUCAAGCAACGAGUGUUUGAGCUCAGAUGAAAGUCUGAGGGACCACGAAAGCACAGUUUCAACACAGAGACAUACCAGAGGGGGCAACUAUGAUACGCUAAAUGGGAUAAACGAAUUACAGGAUCGUGGCGAAAGAAAUGUCGAUCACAGCGUUACAAGAGACUCUGGUUUGCGUUAUGGUUAUACUAUUGGUAUGGCUAAGGUUAGCCCGAAAAUCAGCAAGAACUAUGAAGAAACAAAUGGCCAAGACAGGAGCACACAUAGAGGGUUAGUUAUCAAAAACUUUUCUACUGAAGAGGAUUUUAAACAAGGCGGAAAUAGCACACUCUUACAACCAUUAGAAAAUGUGCUAACAUCGUCAACACGUCCUGUUACACGCUCGCAUUCAUUAGACGCUAUGCGACUAGUGAGAGAGGACCGCGAUGAAAGUUAUCAAGAGUUUGUGUCGACUGAUACAAGAGUUCGAUGCAGGGAUGAUUUUACUGAGUGUGAGAAUCGAGGGGCUGUCUGUGAUGACAGAAUCAUCAAAUCUGACCUUUCUCUACACAACCAUGAUUACGGCGAACAUCCCAAUGUUGGCCCUUCCUCGCCUGAUAAACAUUCUGUUGAUAAUAAACACGAUUCUUAUUUACGAAGUGACAAGAAUGAAAUUACGAGUGGUCUCGAAUAUAAGACUGAUAUUGGUGAUACGCUCAUGGAUGGAAGGCAUUUCGAGAAAACACUCCAGGGACAUUUUAACAAAUUCAUUGAAUUUCAAGACGUACAAAUCAACGAAAGAUUAGAAAUGCAAAUGCAGCGAGAUAAUUUACAAAAAGCUCGGGGCGAUUAUACAGAUGACAAUGGAUCACACAGAGUGCGACAGGCUGUAAACAAAGGCAACGUCAAUACAGAGGAUUACCGCGGAUUACCAGUCAAUCACAACGCUGUUAGAUCAACAAAUCAAGAAGACGGAUUACCGCGAGGGACUGGGGUCGUGUCUACGCCAGCGCGCCGAGUGCGUGUGCGUGCAAGAGAAAUCAUGACUUCUAGCUCUAGCGAAAAAACAAUACACAGGGUACCCGUUCGCGCUACUUAUAGUGACCCGACGCAUUUGCGCGUGGAUCGACUACGUGUGCUUAGGCCGCCGGAGCGUCGGACGAACGUAGAGGAGAAAUUACGAGGGCUUAUCGAUCCGUCGGAUAUAGGGAAUGUCCACAGGGAGAUCGCCUCGCGUCCACGUGUCUUGAUGGCUGACUUGACGUCAGCGACGCCAUUGUCGCCAACUGAAAGUGGUUUCGUGGAGGGAUCAAGUGUUGAUUCAGUGUUCGACUCCGAGAAAGCCGCACCAGAAAAACCUAGGCAUCUUCCGUCAUCUGAAAGCCCCUAUUCUUCAUUUACAAGCAUUAGUUCUGGUGGUAACAAAUUCUACUUAGCAGCAGAGAGAGAACCACGGGUAGUUAAUCGCGAAAAUCCUAAUGCCUACCAUAUGGGAGAGACGCGUGAUACUUCCAAAGUAUUCUUUAUCGGUUCCGAAUUGUCAAGCCCCACACAGAGUGCCGAUAGCGAUAAAAAUCUGCAUUUACCUCCGUUACGAAUAACAUCGGAGAAUCCUCGUCUUGACGAGUUUUUCUUCCCUGGCUCUCGGCAACAACUCGGGUCUCCGACCUCAAGUGUGACGACGAGUGAUUUCAGCGACUCAUUUCCCGAGUGUCAGUGCGAGUUCCAGUGUGAGUGUCAAACGGGAAUUGCUACUGAGGAAGACUUCCGGGAGGAACUUAAACUCAUUUCGAGCUAUGUCCUCAAGGAGCGAGCCCGCACUGCUUCAAAACCCGGCGGUAAACCCACCAGAAGGUACUAUUUAGAUGAGGAGCAGGGAGAGAUGGAUAUAUUUGGUACUAGUUUGCAGCGCCGAGAGCACCAUAUAGUACCAAUGUUAGUCAAAGUCAUUCUUAGACUUAGAAAGCGAUUUUUCGGCGGGAUUGAGGGUCCUGAGAUCUUCAAGUCAUCGACGUCGUGCGACGAGAACAACAACUGUUGCAAACAAGAAAGAGAGGGACCAAAACGAAAGAUCUCUUUCUCGCCCUCGGCAAUGCUUCUGAGUGCAGUAGGCGAGUGUAGCGCAUCCGAACUCAGAGAGGUGAUCGAGAGAGACAAGCUGGACGUGAAUCAAUUAAGCCCAAGCGGUAAAUCCCUUCUUCAUAAGGCGGCCGCCGCGGGUGACUUAGAAAGCAUCCACACUCUCAUCCAGUACGGCGGGAAUGUCAACUUGACCGAUCAGGACGGGUUCGCGCCUAUUCACUCCGCGUUACGCAGGGCGCAUUACAAGUGCGCGAUCUUUCUGAUGGAGUGUGGUACCGAUAUAGGGGCGUACACUAAAGCCCGCGUGCAUGAGAUGAUGGCUAUGAAGGAUAUAUCGGAGAGCUGUCUUAGUAACUUGCUCAACACCACGUUAUAAAACCUAAAUAGCCUUAUUUCUCAUUUUCAAUCAAUCUUUAGUGUAUUUACCGCUGUUUGCAUUACGGCACGGACACUCCAGAGGAGUUCAGACUGCAAAAGCUCUUUCGUCAAUAAAAUAUACUGACUCUGCAGCCAGCUAUUUUUCAAACAAGGACCUUGAUAAGUCCCUCGUCUCAAAAACAUCAUCGAAGAACAUCCGCUAUUUCCUCGAUUGCUAAGCUAUGUUAGCUGAAUAACCAAUUCUCUAUUGAGUAAAGAAUGAUCCUUGCAAAUAUACGUUAAGUUUUGCUCCUUUUGGAACACUCAUGCGUCUAAGACGUUAACUCUUUUGAUUGACGGCAGAGUGUUCGCAUUUUGAGAAUCUUUGUGGCGUAAUGCAAACGGUGGUGAGCUUCCCUCAGAAUAUUCACACAAAACUUGAUGCACUACUGUAAGAAAAAAAUCAUCGAUCAAACAGUGUGUUGUAAAGAAAUGCAUAUGAAUAUUAUUAUUAUUAUUAUUAAAGAUACAUUUGAAAUA